GGUAAAAUGGCGACGCGUCCGGUGUGAUAACUUUCUUCGAAAUCUUCAAGUUAUCAACAACAGUGAAGUAUGCUGUCGACAGUGGAAAAGGAGUUUGCUCAAUAUGAUCAGCACAAUCUCUGGCAACCGAUAUACCAGGAAGUAAAGAAUGAAGCUGCUGAGCGAGCUAUUGAUGAAGACUUCUCUACUUUCGAAGCCAAGAAACCUGUGAACCGUAAUAAAAACCGGUAUCGGGAUGUUAGUCCAUACGACCACAGUCGAAUCGUUCUACACCGUGGGGACACCGACUACAUUAACGCUAACCUUAUAGAGGUGACGGAGGCCAGUCGACACUACAUACUGGCCCAGGGUCCAUUAGAACAUACAUCUGGCCAUUUCUGGCAGAUGGUUUGGGAACACAAAUCUAAGGCUGUUAUAAUGCUCAACAAACUAGUAGAAAACGGCUAUAAAAAAUGUCACCCUUACUUUCCCCAAAGUGGUCUGGAUGAGGAGUUGGAAUAUGAAGAUGUCGGUCUCAAGGUGACACUGUUAGAUGAGUCGUAUCUCAACUAUUACGUCGUACGGAAGAUAGAGCUGGAAGAUAUGGAGUCCGGAGACACAAGAGAGGUGCUCCAUUAUAACUACAUUACGUGGCCAGACUUUGGCGUGCCAUCUUCGCCUCAUGCCUUCCUCAACUUCCUUAUGGUCGUGCGACAGACUGGAGCUCUCGACUCUGCUGUGGGGCCGCCUGUGGUUCACUGUAGUGCAGGCAUCGGCCGGUCUGGCACCUUCUGUCUUGUCGACAGCUGCUUAGUCAUUGUGGAGAAGACUCAGGAUAUGAACUCUGUCGACCUACGACCAUUAUUGCUCAAGAUGAGGGGGUGUAGGAUGGGCCUCAUCCAGACUGCAGACCAACUUCGCUUCUCAUACGCUGCCAUCAUUGAGGGCGGUCGCCGUAUCCUUGCCAACGAUGACUCCACAUUGUCUGUCCUCGAAGGUUACAUGCAGGAGCCAAGCAAAGAUAUGCUGCCUCCCCCACCUCCCACGAGGACCACAAGUCUGUCCCCCUCUCACGGGCACCACGGUGAGUUGCCCCCACCCCUUCCCCCACGUACAGGGCUUCCAAUGGACAUGAAUGAUGGACUGGAUAAAACUGCGGACAUUGAAUUGUCUGAAUCUGACUCGCUCAUCGAUGAUGAUGACGAUGAUGAUGAUCUGUCCGAGAGUGAAGCUGAUGAUUAUGAGGACAUUACAGAGGUGAUCAACAGUCAGGAGGAUAAAAUAGAGGAUAGGGUGAAUGGUAUUGAUGAGGACAUACGGACGGAACCUCCCCACGAGGAAAUCCUCCACACCGAGGAUCAGAACAAUACUAGCGGUUACGAGAUCAGGAGGAGAAACAGAGACGACAGGGCGAAGAAGACGCGGGAACAGGUGGACAGGAUGCGACAAAAACAGAAAGACAAUGAAAUGUGGAAAAAUCGGAGGUCGUACUUCCAGCCAGUCGCUAUAGGGCUUUCAAUUUUUCUAGGGGGACUGUUAUUAUAUCGUUACUACUGGUCUAAUUACUGAUGUUACAUGGCACAGAAAUAUUUUUAUAUUCAAACAGAUAUUGUUAUUGAAAUCUGUCUGUGUUAAAUUGUCCAACAUGGGCUUGAGAGAGGAAGUCGGGAAAGUUGAAGAGUGAGAAAUUGGCACCAGCUAGAGAAGGCGUUUGCAGACUGGAAUAGCAGAUGGAAACAGACUUUAGCUGACGUUGUUAAUGGGGAGAAGAAAGUAAUCGGUGAUUGUAGUUGGAAUGUUGUUAUAUCAUGCUAUUAUGUUUUAAACAGUAAAGUGUUUUCUCGGGCUAUAUGUAACGGAUUAAAUAUUAAGUGUAUAAAUGUACUUCCUAAUUUGAUAACAAAUUAUAUCCCAUGGUUUCAAUAUAACAUAUGAAAGGUAUUUAGAUAAAAAAAAUAUGUAAAAAAUAAGUUAUUUUUGUGCACAAUGAACAUGAUUGUUGUGACAAGCUUAUAUGAACGAUCAUAUAGAUUCCUUAUAUAUUUCUAGGUCCCAACAUUAAGUGCUCUGAAUACAACAGGAUUCAUUAAGAGAUAAAAAAAGUAGCUGUAGGAUAAUGAAAUAUUUUGACGAAGGAUUGUUGCAGGCUAGUUCGCCCAGUGGUUGGCGACUGAUUGUACAUGAGCCACUUUGUUAUGUAUUCAAUGCAUGAAGGACAAGUUGAAGUUUUUGUUAAUUAUAGUUACACGUCACUUAUUGAGAUAUAAUUUUCAUAUUUUUACCUUUUUUUAAUGGCUUUGAAUUUCAACAUUUAUAGUGUUCCCUUCUGUUCUCGCUUUGAAGUUUGAAAAAAGGCAUAACAGAUGUACUCAGGUCUCGGUGGCUAAAAGCCUAGUUGUACAAUAAAAAUUGUUAAUUAUGAAAUC